ACAGUAACACGAGGGGGGUAAGAACAUACAUUUGCUACGUAAGAAUACAAAAGACAAGAUUUAUUUGAUAAUCAAGCAUUUCUAAUUUAAUUUCUAUUGGUGCUGAUUUAGCUUAUUCACAUCAAUCAAAAAUAUUUCGAAAGAACGGAGUAACUCCUCGACUGAAGUUCGUGACCUACGUGAUCGCUCGCUUUUUUUUGGCUGUGGUCUGCUUUAUCAAUCAAUUCCGAAAAAACCAAAAAAUUGCGUAUCGCUCCGAUGUCGCGAUCUGGGAUAGUCGCCGGCGCUUAUCGGACAAAGUAGCCGCAAAGAAGUCCCGAGAAAUAUUUACGGGCAACAAGAAGGAGGGGGGCCCGGAUCGUGCAAAGAUAUUCCCACCAAUAUCUGUGUCGGCGGCACCGAUGACGGAGCAGCCUCGAUUCCUCCACUUCGAAACCGGCCAAUCUCGCAUCCCGUCGUUAUCGCUGAAACGAAGCGCGAAUCCGCGGGGCACACCCGGUAUAACGUCGCGACGGCGACGGGCCCUCCGUUCGAGUCACAUCGCGCGCGGCUCUUUAGUGCACGCGUACACACGCACAUAUGCACACACGCGCUGGAAUUUUUUGACGCACGUUUGGUGACAGUGCGACUUGGAAAGAAUCUGAGAUAUUCGGACGGGACGAUGUCGACGACGGUGGAUAAAAUGGACGAGCAGAUUUCUGACGCGAGCAAGCCGCAGCAAAAUGGUCACGAGCGUAACAAGAGCGAGGAACUGCCGCUCGAGGAUAUCAACGACAAUAACAACGACGAGACCAUCGAAGUGGAAAUGGUCGUACCACCUGACGGAGGAUGGGGCUGGGUGAUUGUUGCAGCCUCUUUUAUGUGCAACUUCUUUGUCGACGGUAUCAUUUUCAGCUUCGGUGUAUUUCUCAACGAAAUCGCGGAUGCGUUCUCUGUAUCGAAAGCAAGUGUCGCGUUCGUUAACUCGUUACAGAGCGGAUUUUAUCUCAUGGCUGGUCCCUUCGUAUCCGCCCUCGCCAAUCGAUAUGGGUUUAGACUGGUAGCGAUAUUAGGAAGCGUAAUAAGUUGCGCUGCCUUCGUUCUCGCAUACUUCAGUACUUCCAUUGAAUUCCUUUACAUUUCUUAUGGAGCCAUCGGUGGCAUCGGAGCAGGUCUAAUAUACGUACCAGCCGUGAUAACUACUGGUUUUUAUUUUGAAAAAUGGCGAGCCUUAGCCACAGGUAUCGCAGUAUGUGGCUCUGGUAUCGGAGCAUUUUUGCUCGCACCACUUUCGAAUGUACUUAUGCAAACUUUUGGCUGGAGAGGAGCUUUCCUGUGUCAGGCAGGUAUGCUAUUACAUUGUGCCGUAUUCGGCGCGAUGUUCCGUCCUUUGAAACCAACGAGGAUUAAGGUAAAGAAAACCCCGGAAAACGCUGCGCUUGAGGUGAAAGCAACGUUGAUGGAAAAGGGAGUGUCAAUGACUUCGUUACACUGUGUACAGCCGAAUAGAAGAACAAGUGUCUUCGGCACGAAUAAUAAUACGGAAUAUCCAACGGCGGCGGAACUUCUCAGUAGCAGCCCUAACAUAGUAAACGCAUCCAAGUCCCUGCACUCGUUGCACAAGGUGGAGACUCAGACCUUGGAGAGAAAAAUGAGCUCCUCGGAGAAACGAUUGUCCGUGCCGAUAUAUCCUGCCGAUGGACCCGAUUUAGACGUUAUGACUAACGACGAGAAGAUCGCCGAGGAGAACAAUCUGCUCGGCGGCGAUUUGGAGCGAUUAAAUGGGAAAGUUCCGACGAUCCGUCGACAUACGAUUAGCGGUAGACGUCUCCGAACGGAUUCGGAAUGCAGCCAAAAGUCUUUUCGAAUGGGCAAACGUAAUUCAAAGGAUCCGCAGAGACCGUUCUAUAGAGAUGACAUCUUUUAUGGCGGCUCUUUGAAUAGACUUCCUCAUUAUAGAUCUCAACAAUCGUCGGUCGGUUAUCACAUGUCAGUGACGCGAUUGCCAACGGCAAAGGAUGUGGCGGAGGAAGAAAGCGGAAGUUUCUACCUGUGUCCGGAAAGCGUGCGACGAAUUCUGGCCACAAUGCUGGAUUUGAGCCUUCUAAAAAGUCCGUCCUUUUUAAUAUUAGCGAUCUCUGGUGGGCUCACUAUGAUGGGCUUUUAUACGCCCUUCUUGUACGUAGCAGAUCGAGCAAUAAAAGCUAACAUUGAUGCUUCGACGGCAAUGUUCCUCGUUUCGGUAAUAGGUAUCGGUAAUACCAUCGGUCGUAUCGUUUGCGGGUUAGCAAGCAGUUUGCCCGGGGUUAACGCUCUUGUUGUGAACAAUAUAUUUAUCAGCGUCGGUGGUUUAGUAACUAUAUUCUCCGGCCUUUCUCUAAGCGAGGGAUAUCAAUUCUUUUAUGCAGCCAGCUUUGGUCUCAGUAUAUCUGUCUUCGCUUCCCUAAGAUCAAUUCUCGUUGUGGAUCUAUUGGGUUUAGAGAAACUAACAAAUGCUUUUGGGCUGCUUCUUCUGUUCCAAGGUGUGGCGGCGACUGUGGGCGCGCCUCUAGCAGGUGCGUUCAUGGAUGCGACCGGGAGCUACGACGCCUCGUUCUACUUGUCCGGCAGCCUGAUGCUUUUGUCGGCUGUGAUCUGUUAUCCGUUAAAAAGGAUCAACACGUGGGAGAGGCGCGGUGAGAAGAAAUCGACCGCGAUAGAACUCUCCGCAUCUUGAUUGAAGACGCAAAAUUACGCUUCACUCUUCAUAUUCCGCGUGCGCGUGCUCGUUCGCGCUACAUAUGCGUUGUACAUAUUAAUGCAUAAUAAUUUAUAGCGAGCACUCGAGCGAAAAACACAAUUAUACCGCACGCCUUUACGUCGUAAACGGGAGAUGAUCGAUUUCGUGCGUGCAAUCGACAGAACGAUCGAUCCCGUUCGCUCGUACUCAAGACUUAAUAAUUACUUUAAAUAAAAUUCGAUCAUGCGCUUGGAAAACAUUCUCAUCUUAUAGGAGGUAUAACGCGAAAAGAAAGAAAAUGUGCUUUCCACAUGUGAUCUUAUGAUUUGCUUGUCGAAAGUUUAAUUGCUUUCUUUGACAGAAUAUCUAUUUUAUUAUUUAACAUUUCUGUUUCUAUAACUAAAAUUAAUUAUACAUACUAAACAGUCAUGGACAAUGAUGUAAAAUUACUAAAUUGCAACACUGCAAAAAUUUGUUAAUAAUAAGGAUAAUAGCAAACAUUAUUUCAACGCGACAGUGAAAAUAUCUAUUUUUACUUAUAAUUGUGCAAGAUAGAACUAAAUUUGCAUUAAUUAUGAUACGUAUCUUAAUUUUAAAUUCGAUAAACCGACUGCGUCAAAUAUGAAUAUUUACCACUGCAUACUUUAAAAUAUAAUGAUAUGUUUCCUUAUCUAUGUCCCUAAGCUAUCCAACCUGGAAUUAUGAAUAAGAUAUCUGGUUAAGAUAUUUAUGUCUCCAGAAUGGCUCGGGAAAGCCAACUCUCAUACUAAUCAAUAUUAACUCAUAAGAAAUUAAAUUAGAAACAGAUAUUAUUUUACUAUUCUCAAAUAUAUAUAUUUUUGUAAUAAUAAUAGACAGAUAACGGCAAAUAAUUAUAAAUUAUUAUAAGACAAGAAUUAUCAAUUAAAUAAUUAUUAUUUCUGUUAUUAGAAAUUAUUGCGGUGCUAUAAUUAGCUUAUCUUAAACAGUAAAGCAUUUAAACGUGUGAUCCAAAUAGCGAAAAAUCGUUGUCUCAAACGUUUCGACAACGCAAGAUUCGCGAAGUAAAUAUGAUCAUCGAAUUAAUUUAGAAACAAUUGUGAUCGUAAGAGAUUUUUUGAAGAAACCAGAAUUAAAAAUAAUAUUGAUAUUUUAUUAAAAUAAGAUUGCAUAUUUUAUUUCGCGUUGUAGUAUGACGUUAUGUAUAUUAUAUUAUGAAACAGAACUGCCACAUAUAUAUCAUGUAGCAUAGAGACUUUUAUAAGGUUUUAAAAUAAAGCAUUUGUAUCAUUCAUAUUCCAUGAAUAGAAGUUGGGCGAAUAGAGAGCAUGUAUAUUGCGUUAUGUGUACGAUAUGUUUGUAUGCAUCGAAAAAUAUUUGUACUUUUGUUUGCCUAAGCGUAUACGUAAUCUCACGAAAUGCGCAUGUCUUCCGAUAUAAUCUUGUUAAUUUAUAAGACCACUCCACACUUAGUUUUAAAACAGACUAAAUCUUUCGCUGUUAUAAUGUUAGCAAUUAAUCAAAAUCAUUUUCUUAAAGCUUGAUAACUUAUUUUGCGACGACACGAAACUUUCAACAUUUCUUUGUACAGACUUUUUCUUCAAAUUAUUAUAUUUAAAAAAAUCUGCGUUUUCUGUUAGAUAAUUUCAUAAAUAUUUUUUGCGCUUUUUAAAAUUAUAACGCGAGAUUACAAAAAAUUUAGUCAGUUUUAAAGCUAACUGAUUUGAAUCAGGCGAAAUUUAAUGUCGUUUUAUCCGUUAGGCUAAAGAAAAUUGCUCAAAAGUGAAAUCCGUUCCCCUAAUGUUCCUAGUUAUUAUUAAUAUACGUACUAUAUAUACGCAUAUAUAUGUUAUAUAGUAUUUUCGUAAAAUCAUGCAGAUUCAGGAGUGAAUUGUACAGGACAAUUCGAUUAAUGUCGAGGAAAUGAUUUCGUUGGCAAAAAUAUGUACGAUAAAUCUAUUUUAAGUUAAAAUACGUUAAAAAAUAUACUUAUCAUUUACAAUAA